CUCUGCUUCCCCACGGGGAAUCCUGGUCUGUCGUGGACCAUUAUUGCAUGGAGUUAUGACCACAUGCCGCCCUUCUGGCAGUCUGGUAAAUCCAUGACAAGUCGGACUUUCCGGUGAAUACGGGACAUCCGUCUACUGUCGAUCCAUUGCCAACGAUAUCACGGGUCGGCACCCGGCGAAAGGCUGAAGGAAUCUCUCGCUUGACUUGGCGAGCUUGCUAGUUUCUUAGCAAGCGAUCCUCUUUGUCACUACGGAAAUUCCAAGAGAAUCAACGGAGCGAUGGCUGAGGGUUCGGACUGUGGAUUCGCGUCGACGGAGCCUGUGCUCGCACCAUAAAUUGCGCUGCUUCGCUGUUCGAAAUGGAGAGCCAGACAGCCUGAAUCCAUUGUCAGCAAUCUAUUAGUCUAGGUUGCACUCGCAUAUACAUCAUGGGAAAGUUUGGAUUUGCCCUUGCGGCUUUGGCCCUCCCAACAGCACUGGGAGCUCCUACAACCUCCCGCAAAAGCUCCAGCUACGUCAACUGGCGACAGUUUAAAGCCCACGGAGCUAACCUUGGCGGAUGGCUGGUGCAGGAGUCGACCAUCAACAGUGCAUGGUGGGCUGAAUAUGCUGGAGGGGCUUCAGAUGAAUGGGGUUUCUGCGAGAACUUGGGUCAACAAUGCGGACCCGUCUUCGAGGAACACUAUGCCACUUGGAUCACCACCGCCGAUGUUGACAAGCUUGCAGAAGUUGGGAUCACUGCACUGCGGAUCCCUACCACCUACGCUGCCUGGAUCCACUAUCCCGGAUCCCAGCUCUACUCGGGCAACCAAACCAAGUACCUGUCUGAGAUCGCCACGUAUGCUAUUGAACAAUAUGGCAUGCAUGUCAUUGUCGACAUUCAUGGACUGCCGGGAGGCACCAAUGGCUUGACGAUCGGCGAGGCGACUGGCCACUACGGCUGGUGGUACAACCAAACCAAUUUCGACUACUCCCUACAAGCAGUCGACGCGGUGAUCGACUACAUUCAGAAUUCCGGGCACCCCGAAUCCUACAGCCUGGAACCCGCCAACGAAGCCGUCGACAACAGAGACUUUUCUGUCUUCGGUACCCCCGCCGCGCUGACAGACAAGGCAGCGGCCUGGCUCUUGAAAUACUACCAAGCCGUGAUCGACCAUGUCGCCGCAGUGAACCCCAGCAUCCCCGUCAUGCUGCAGGAUAGCUUCAAGGGCGAGAGAUUCUGGUCCGGCAACUUCUCCACCGAUGCCAACAUCGUCUUCGAUUCUCACAACUACUGGUUCGACGAUACGAAUGCCACGUCCGUCACCCUGGCGAAAGACAUCUGCACGCGAGCCAAGUCCGUCGCGGGCGAUGGCAAGUUCCCCGUCUUUGUCGGCGAAUGGGCCAUCCAGGCCGGUUCCAACAAUACGUUUGCCUUGCGGGAACGCAACCUCAACACCGGUCUGCAUGCCUUCCACCAGCACACCCAAGGCUCUUCUUACUGGACGGCCAAGUUCUAUGGAAAUGGAACCGUGAGUGGACAGGGUAACCAGACCGACUACUGGAAUUUCGAGGGCUUCAUCGAUCUGGGCCUGGUGCAUCUCGAUAGCAAGAACUAUAAAUGCGUGUAAGGCGUUUGCCUGGUGGUAGUGGAUAUCAUUUUGUAAAUAUGUUAUGCAGCGUGUGUCCAUAGAGCUCGGAG